CUCACAUCCAAAGAAGCGCCCAUUCCUGGAGGGGAGACGCUGUAGUUGGUGAGACAGAAUGGUUGGUCUGAAGCCCACGGACAUCCCGCCGUCAGUCCCCAUCAAAUUUCUCAGUGCUGGGACAGCAGCGUGCAUUGCCGAUCUUUGCACGUUUCCCUUGGACACCGCAAAAGUCCGGCUCCAGAUUCAAGGGGAAUCGAGGGCUUCGAAAGCAGCCAGGCUGGUGAAGUACAGGGGGGUCUUUGGCACCAUCACCACCAUGGUGAAGAUGGAAGGACCGAAGAGCCUCUACAGCGGCCUGGUGGCCGGUCUCCAGCGCCAGAUGAGCUUCGCCUCGGUCCGUAUCGGGCUCUACGACUCGGUGAAGCAGUUCUACACGCCCAACGGGUCCGAGUAUACCAGCAUCUUCACGCGCCUGCUUGCUGGUUGUACCACUGGCGCCAUGGCAGUGACCUGUGCCCAACCUACUGACGUGGUGAAAGUCCGCUUCCAAGCUCACAUCAGGCUGGUGGGGGGUCCCAAGAAAUACAAUGGGACGGUGGACGCCUAUCGAACCAUCGCCCGGGAGGAAGGCGUCCGAGGCCUCUGGAAAGGGACAUUCCCCAACAUCACUCGCAAUGCCAUUGUGAACUGUGGGGAGAUGGUGACCUAUGACCUCAUCAAGGACACCCUGCUGAAAUAUCACCUGAUGACAGACAAUUUCCCCUGCCACUUCCUUGCUGCCUUCGGAGCCGGUUUCUGCGCUACCGUGGUGGCGUCGCCCGUGGACGUGGUCAAAACGCGGUACAUGAACUCCUGUGCUGGGCAGUACAAGAACGCCUUGAAUUGCAUGCUGACCAUGGUGGUGAAGGAGGGACCAAACGCUUUCUACAAAGGCUUCAUGCCUUCGUUCUUGCGGCUGGGAUCCUGGAACAUCGUGAUGUUUGUGUCUUACGAACAGCUGAAGAGGAUGAUGGUUCUGGCCCAGGGGUCUUGGGAAGCCCCCUUCUGAAGCUCAGCGUCCUCUCCGGGAGGCGGCGGAGGCAGAUCCCGCCCAGGAUCAUUCUGAGGCAAACAGAGAGGCGAGAAAUGCAAGGCGGGACUUUACCGAGGGACUUUCUGCAAACGGAUCUUGCCAUGGUGGCGAGGGUACCUAUCAAUUAUAUUAAUUGCUACAAAUGGGUUGCAGUGUCCAGGAAUGCACAAGACUUAAGGCACUGAAGGACGACUAUGUCAUAUAAACAAGCCACAAGGGAGUCAACCGGACAUUGAUCACACAUCCUGGCUCAGUAGAGCCAUCCAGAUGUGCAUCAGGUAUCACACGGUCUC